UUUAACCAAUCACAGCUGCGCUAAUGUGCGGUGGGCGGUACCAACAUGGCGGCUCUCUGAGUUUGCGAAGAGAAAUUGAGGUGUAAAUAAACUCUUCGUGCACAUUUUGCACAACUUAUCAGCUUAUUUCGCCACAUUAAUUUAUGAGCGAGUGCUCUGAAGCCAAAAGAUGUCAGGUGACGGCAACAAAAAACAGUUCUGGAAGAGAAACACAGCCAAGGUUCCUGGGAAUAUCCAGCAUGUUUAUGGAGCCCAACAUCCCCCAUUUGACCCUUUGCUACAUGCCAAUCUGAUGAAAGCAGGAAACAAGCCUCCGACUGCAACUACGCCAGGAAAACCAAAGAAAGCCACCACUUUUCAAGAGUUCGAGAGCAUCACCAGCGACGCCUGGGAUGUGGGAGACGACGACGACGAACUUCUCGCCAUGGCGGCCCAAAAUCUCAACAUCGAGGUCGUCAUGGAGACGGCUAAUAAGGUGAUCGAAAACCACAGCAAGCUGCAGGAGAGAAGACAGCAGCAGAUGGACAAGAUGACCGAGCCUGACGAAAAAGACGGACAGGAAGCGCACGAGGAAGAGGAGGAAGAGCCAGACGAAGAAGACGAGAGAGAGGAAGGGGCAGAGACGACAGCAGAUCUGUCUUUCAGUUUAGAGGCUCUUCCGCUCAGCGACAAUAGACUGGUGAAGUCACACAGUGAAGCUCCCGUCGGCUCACCUAAAGAAGCGGGAGUUGAGCAGGCAGUACUGCACAGACAGCAGUCACUCCCGCACAGGCCUGUGAUUCCAUUGGUGGCCCGCAUGGCAGAUCAGAACACAUCCGGGACUCCUGCCUUGACCGAGAGGGAGGCGUCAAGACUCGACAAGUUCAAGCAGGUUCUGGCCGGACCUAAUACUGAUCUGGAGGAGCUUCGGAAGUUGAGCUGGUCUGGAAUUCCACGGCAGGUGCGCCCGAUCACAUGGAAACUGCUCUCGGGGUACCUGCCAGCCAAUGCGGAGCGGAGAGAAAGCACCUUGCAGAGGAAGCGGCAGGAAUAUUUUGGCUUUAUCGAGCAGUAUUAUGACUCCCGUAAUGAUGAACACCAUCAGGACACGUACAGACAGAUUCACAUUGACAUACCGAGAACUAAUCCUCUUAUACCUCUCUUUCAACAAGCUUCUGUGCAAGAGAUCUUUGAGAGGAUUCUGUUCAUCUGGGCAAUACGGCAUCCAGCGAGUGGUUAUGUUCAAGGCAUCAAUGACCUUGUCACACCCUUCUUCGUCGUUUAUGUUUUCGAGUAUAUCGAGGAAGAAGUGGAAAAUUUCAAUGUUUCCAGCUUGCAGGAAGAGGUGUUGCGGAACAUCGAGGCUGACAGCUUCUGGUGCAUGAGCAAGCUCCUGGACGGGAUUCAGGUAAAUUGA